CAGCAAUUUCCGGUAAAAUUUGUUUUUGAAUUUCUUUAAAGCUGGAGCGAGAGAUUGUCAGACAUGUCCACACUGUUCCCGUCUCUCUUCCCGCGGAUAACCGAGUCCCUCUGGUUCAACCUGGACCGACCCUGUGUGGACGAGACCGAGCUGCACCAGCAGGAGCAGCAGCACCAAACCUGGUUGCAGAGCAUUGCAGAGAAGGACAACAACCUGAUGCCCAUUGGGAAACCUAUUUUUGAGGCAGGAUAUGAAGAGGAGGACGAGGAGGAUGACGAGGAUGAGGAGGACAGCGAGGAAGACUCUGAAGAUGAAGAGGACAUGCAGGACAUGGAUGAGAUGAAUGAUUACAAUGAGUCACCUGAUGAUGGCGAGAUCAAUGAGGUGGACAUGGAGGGAGCAGACCAAGACCAAGACCAAUGGAUGAUUUAAGACAAAAGACAAUUUUAGUUUCCAUCAAGAUGUCUGGCACUGGAUGUCUGCUCCCCACUUCAAACUUGACUGCUGCCCCUUCAGUCUGUGACACAAAUAUAUUGUUUUAUUUGUGUUAACAGGAAAGGAAUAUAGUUGAAUUAAAACUUGUACCAUGAUAUCCUUCAGAUAAAGGGUGGGUAAAUCCAGCUCAAGUGUCUCCUGUGAAGCUGAAAUCAGGCUUGAAAGCUCUGAGCGGACAACUCUGUGAGGGUUGCUUUAACACACUGUUGCGAAGGUGUAUGAAAAAUAAUGUGUGGAUGUAUGUUUAAGCAGCUGUGCACAUGUCAUGUUUUUUUUUUUCUUUUAAAUCUGUAAAUGGUAAUCUGUAAACCUGUUAAAUACAUUUAACCAUUCAAUCCAUUCAGUCACAGUAGUGCCACACAUCUCCAAUGCUGUAAAAUACACAAUGUCCUAUGGUUUUGCAACCACUGGGGCACACACCCACGCAGUGGCACUAGUAGGAAUCAUCACCAUGAUCUCUCUCAUUUAAACUUUAACCUUGUCACAUCGCCAGUCAUGUGCCACUUCUCUACGUCUCCAAACAGCUGAAUGAGCACAAAUUACAGUUCAGUCAGCUAAAUCAUUUUUUACCUAUUAAGGAGAUUUAAGUCCAUACAGUCCAAUUCUGUUUCAUAACAGUGUUGUGUAUGUUGCUAAUCUUUCAUUACAGAUAUCAUACCUACAGUAGCAUUUUCAGAAAAGCUUCUUGAAUAGUAUUAUGUUCAAAUUUUAAUAUUUUUAACUAUGUUAAAGGUAAAAGAAUGCAUUCACAAGGAUGAAUUAAAAUUUUAUUAUGAACACACAGAGUGGCCAUUGAAAGUGUCUCAUAUUUGUCUUAUAAGAUUGCUCACCAAGGCUUUUGUUAUUUGUACUGAAAGGAAAAGAGGUCUUGACAGUUUGUAUUAAAUUAAAUUAUUUUGAUGAA